AUGGAUGAUGAGAUCUUCUUGGAGGCUUGUGAACUUUUAGAAGAUGAGAGAAAGGCCAAGAUGUUUGUGGCCAUGGAUGUUACAGCACGGAGGAAGUGGUUAUUGAAAAAGCUUCGACGCGACUGCAUUUCUUGCUCCACUGUUCAACCGGCACUGGGUUCUUCAAAAGUUCAAAGGGUUGCUGGACACACCGAAAGCAAUCCACCUUUAAAGGCUCCUCUUGCUUGCAUUCACCUUCUUCCUAAUUUGUCUCACUUUUCGGAGUUAUAUUGCAAUCCCUUCACAGUUUUCUUUCUCCUCCUUUUAGAUCUUUACAGCUGUUUGCUCAUAAAUCUUAUGGCUCUUGUGACCUGCAAAGAAGCCUCAUCUUCUUCCUUCACCCACGAACCCAAGAAAUUUGAUGUUUUCUUGAGUUUUAGAGGUGAAGAUACCCGUCUUGGUUUUGUAGGUCAUUUGUAUAAUGCUUUAUGUCAACGGGGUAUUAACACUUUUAUUGAUAAUAACCUUCAAAGGGGAGAAGAAAUUUCUGUAGGACUUUUCAAAGUCAUUGAAAGUUCAAGGAUUUCAAUAAUUGUAUUCUCUGAAAACUAUGCAUCCUCCAAAUGGUGCUUGGAUGAACUUACCAAGAUUGUUGAGUGUAAGAAAAAAGACCAAUUAGUGCUACCGGUUUUUUACAACAUAGAUCCAUCAGAAGUUCGUAACCAAAAAGGAAAGUUUGGAGAAGCACUAUCUAAACAUGAAGAAAAAUUAAAGGAUUACAAGGUGAAGAGCUGGAGGGAAGCUUUAUUUGAAGCUGCAAAUAUAUCUGGUUGGCAUUACAAGCAUAGUUGCAGCGAGUUUGAAUUUAUUCAAGGAAUUGUUGAAGAGAUCUCAAAUUUUAAAUUAAAUCGCACUCCGUUAUUUGUCGCACGAUACCUAGUUGGAAUAAAUUAUCGUGUAAAGACCAUACUUUCAGAUAUUAAGUCAAAUGAUGGUCAUAUAAUAGGUAUCUAUGGCCCUGGUGGAAUAGGUAAGACAACAAUUGCAAAAGCCAUUUUUAAUAGAAUUUGUGAUCAUUUUGAUGGAUUUUGUUAUCUAGAAAAUUUAAGAGAAAGAUCGGAGACAAAUGCUAGUGUAAUCGAACUACAAGAGACACUUCUUCUUGAGAUCUUAAGAGAUAGAAAUUUAAAGGUGGGUAACAAAUCUAGAGGAGUCAAUAUGAUAAAGGAAAGACUUUCAUCUAUGAGGAUCCUUUUAGUUCUUGAUGAUGUUGAUAAAUGGGUCCAAAUAGAAAAUUUGCUUGGAAGAUGUGAUCGGUUUGCUUCUGGAAGCAAAAUCAUUAUAACAACAAGAGACAAACACUUAUUAGCUACUCUUGGAAAAUGUUGUUCAACCUACGAGGUUAAGGGAUUAAAUCAAGAUGAAGCUUUGGAACUCCUUAGUAUGCAUGCCUUCCAAAGCAACAAACCUAAAGAAGAUUAUUUGGAACUUGCAAAUAGAGUUAUACAUUAUGCCAGGGGACUUCCACUAGCUCUAGUAAUAAUGGGUGCUGAUUUAAAUGGAAGAACUAAACCUCAGUGGAGAAGUGCAAUAGAUAAGUAUGAAAAAAUUCCUAAUGAAGAAAUUCAAAAAAUUCUUGAAAUAAGCUAUGAAGGAUUGGAUGAAACUGAAAAAGAUAUUUUCCUUGAUAUCGCAUGCUUCUUUAAGGGAUUUUUUAAGGAGUAUGUCAUGGAUAUAUUGAAUGCUUGCGAUUUACAUCCAAUUUAUGGAAUUCAAAAACUUUUCGAUAAGUGCCUAAUAACUGUUGAUCGAUAUGAUAGAUUGUUGAUGCAUGACUUGCUCCAACAAAUGGGUAGGGACAUUAUUCGACGGGAAUCGCCACGAAUGCUUGGAGAGCGUAGUAGGCUAUGGUGUUAUGAGGAUGUUCAUAAAGUACUAACACAAAAUAUGGGAUCGGAAAAAAUUCGAGGCAUAAGGAUAUGCUCACCUGAACCAUCAAAGAUGAAAUUAGAACUUGAAUGUCUUGAAAAGAUGAAAAAUCUCAAGUUUCUCAUAGUUAGUAAUGUGGCUAUUUGUAGAGGUCUCAAAUAUCUUCCUAAUGAAUUAAGGGUUCUUGAUUGGUCUGGAUUUCCUUUAUCUUCCUUACCAUCCAAUUUUGAUCCUCAAAAACUCAUUGCACUCAACAUGCCAAAAAGUCGGGUUACAUUGGACAAGCUUUUCAAGAAGAUACAAUGCAAAAACUUGACAUAUAUGAAUUUCAAUUCCAAUCAAUACAUUAGGAAAUUACCUGACUUAUCGAGUGCCACCCCAAACAUAAAGAAAUUGGAUCUCCGUGGUUGUGAAAAAUUAGUCAAGGUUCAUGACUCUAUUGGAUAUCUUGAUAAGCUUGAAAGCUGGGACCUCUGGGGAUGCCAUGAACUUCAAACUCUUCCAAGUUGUAUCGCGAUGAAAUCUCUUAAAUUUUUAAAUCUUUUUGCAUGCAAAAGGGUUAAGAGGUUCCCUGAUAUUCCUCAAGAAAUGGAAAAUUUAAAGUUUCUAAGUCUGGGAGGCACAGCCAUUAGAGAGCUUCCUCCAUCAAUUGGGAAUCUCACUGGGCUUGAGCGAUUAGAGAUAGGUUCCGAUUUCUAUUCAUGUCAUCUUCCAAGUAGCAUUUAUAAAUUGCAACAUCUUCGCAAACUCUUGCUUCUUGGUAAUGUCAAAUUUCCAAAGGACGUGGGAAUUGGUAGACAAGCAGCAGCGUGCAAUUCUUACGGUGGCUUUUCAAAAUAUUGUUUUCCAAAGUUGAAUUUUCUAAAAAAGUUGACUUCUUGCUUCACCCACUCAGAGAAAUGUUUAUUAUCAGGGAGUAAAGAUUUGAACCUCAGAGAAAGCAUUAUCAAAUUCAAUAGAUUAGAUAGGCUUCUAAUUUAUGAUUCCAAGUUCCUUAAGAAAAUUCCAAGGCUUCCAGAAGGUAUAAGAACUGUAGAUGCAACAAACUGCAUCUCGUUGAAUUCAGAAUCAUUAAGAAAAUUAUUCCUUCAGUUUGGAAGAAUUUUAGGGCUUUCACCAAAUAUGAAAUGUUCAGGUGUGAAACACAAAGUAUUAAUGGAUUCCCAUUCACAUCGUAAUUUAUCGAAUCAGAUUGAUUGCUCUUCCCGGGUCUCCCUCUCCAAGUUCAACGCAAUUAAAGAUGAGUUCGUUCCCACUCUAGAUACGUAUCUGGUUGAUUAUGGAGAGAGAUAUACUAUUAGAGUACCAGGAAAGAAGAUUCCGAAUUGGAUCAAUCAUCAAAGCAUUGAAAGUUCCAUAUCAUUCUGGGUUGGUCCUGAGUUUCCAUCAAUUGCUGUUUGUCUUGCUAUUCGUCUAAUUCCGUUGAAGGACAGUUAUGCAAAUAAUGAUAAGUACGGUUUUGUUCGUGAUGAUAUAAUCGAUGGUGUUUAUGAUAUCCACAUUUCUACCGAUAGUCGUAAGCGACGUCUCAUGAUUUCAGCGGGUUUUUCUAUCAAGUGUGAUCAUCUGUGGUUUUACGGUGAACGUCACAGCCAAUUACAGAGGAAAUUCGGAGACUUGAUGCAAGGUGAUCGGAAUCAUGUUGAGAUUUCAUGUAAAAUCUCUCAUUGGGCAAGUACAAACGGAAACAACGCUCCUGUGAUUGCAAGGAUAGGAGUACAUGUGGAAUGCAUAUGUCCUCCUCAGAAUUCCAAUAUCAUCCAACACAAUUCUCAAAAUGUUGAUGACGACACAGAGCUGCACGCACCUUUACUAUCUCAAAAUGGUUCACAAACGAACUUAGAUGCAGGAGACCCUUCAAGCUCCUCUAGUCCCUGACGACAUAUGAUUCAAGGCGUCCAAUGGAUAUAGCAAAUGGGCUUGACUUAUGUUUGGGUAUUGACUCAGCAGAUGGUAAUGGGUUUGAUUUGGGUUCUUCUUCAAUAGCCAAUCCCUUUGUAAAAAGAUGACUCCAUUUUCAAUCUAUAUCCACCGUCAAAGAAACUGAGUCCGAUGCGAAGAAAUAUGCCCGGGCUGUACAAUACCGAGUGGCCAAAUCGGAGUACUUUUUCAUAUAAUCAAUCAGCUAUAACACAAUGUCAACCUCUUCUAGCCUCUCACGAAACUGGGCACCUCUAUCUUUGCCAAUUGAUUCAAGGCUUCAAUUAGAUGUGACAAAUGGGUCUGACUUGGGUUUGGGAUCUGACUCAAUUGUCGGAGAUGGGUUUGAUUUAGCUUCCUCUUCAAUGGCCUAUCCCUCUGUAAACUGUGAUUCAGACUUCAAUCUAUAUCCAUAGUUGAAGAAAAAGAUCCUCUUGAUCAAAUUCCUAGAAAACAUGACAAGAUAUCAUUACAGGGCAAGAUGGACUUCAGCUUAUGUCUCCACUCUGCACUGUGAAAUUCUCAGUUCUUGUGAACAGAUCCCCAACUGGCAUUUUCAGCAUUACAGGUUAUUCACAUUUCUCUAUGGACCUAUCAUCAUCUUGUGGGGAUGUACAACUGAGCUAAGCUAUCUUAGUUGUCUGCUUCUUUGCUUUGAGGCUCCCAUAUGAAAAAUGAAAAUGGGUUCUAGUGACUUCGUUUUGGUGGGAGAGUACUGGGUGGUCUUCAAGGCUACAAGUGCAUAUUUCAACAGUGAAGACCCAGAUCUGAUGAUUGGUCAAGUUGUUUGGACAUAAAAUUGGAGAUCAUCAGUGGUUUCCUUCAGAUGGGGAUUGAUGAUAUUUGGGGAUAUGCUAUGUACAUCAGCGGAGUUCAAAAAUAUUAUCCGAGGAAAAACAAAACUCUGCAACUUCAUAAUCCUUGGCAUGUUCUCAAAAAGUUCAGAGAACCAUCGAGUAAGAGAUACAAGUAUUGGAGGAGAAGCCAUGUGUAGUCAAAAGACUCAAAACAUAGGUACUCAAGUGCUUUGGAAAUAAGUCAAGCUUGGCAACCUCAAGACAAAGACCGGAGAGGCCUAUUAGGCUAUGCACAACUAUUGAUAAAAAAAAACAAAAAAAAAAAUGUCUAUCAUUUCCAAAUAAUGUAUUUUUUUCGAUGGGUUUGGGCUUAUGCUUAUAAGCUUCAAACUAGGAAUAUAAAAGCUACCGAUUCUCCCUUUAACACAUUGUUUGACAAUAAUUGACUUUUAAGAACACCCUACAAUUAUAAAUUGUUAAAACAUUAGAGAUUAAUUGUAUGUCAUUUCCUACCAGAGUACUCAUUCUUAUGUAGAUUUUGAUUUACCUUAAUAAGCUUUAUGUACUCAAUCCCUUGCCCCUCAAAAGGGAUUAGGCAAGUGCAAGGAGCAACUUAGUUAACUUGUAUGUGUACGGUAUAAACAUAUGUUAAUUUGAUUUUUUUA